AUGGCUCGGUACUGGCAAGCGACCUGGGACGUAAGCGCAUUCGUGUCAUCACAUAAAGCAGAUGUGUUUAAGUGCCACGCCACAAAUGGUGGCUACAUGGAUAGUCCGUAUACCUGCGCUUAUUCUCAUGGAGCGAAACGCGGAGGCACGCCUCUACUUGCCUUGGCGACAGAGCAGGGCGCCGUCCACGUCGUAAAUACCACUAAGAGGCGAGAUUGGGAUUACGAACCUCAGCGAACGAUCUUCUCGCCACAUCAGAAUGGCGUCUUUGCCGUCAGGUGGUCACCCUCCGACACGCUCCUAGCCACAGCGUCAGGCGAUCAGUCGGCGCGGAUAUCUUCACUUGAUGCAUCGGUAUCUUCUGAGAACAGAACAUUACAUGUGUUGCGGGGGCAUGGCAGCACCGUCAAGUGCAUAGCUUGGGAUCCGUUGAAGGACGGUAGCGUUCUAGCGACGGGUGGGCGCGACGGCGGUAUAUGCGUAUGGGACUUGAGGGCCGGCGAGGGCAGAAGCAGGCGAGGAUCCGUACUCGACGGUGCCCCCGAGCCAGGUGCGAUUGCCCCCAUCAUUGUGAUUCCCGGAGCGCAUGGGCUUGAUGAAAAGCCAACGAAACCGAAUGGACGAAAAGGCAAACUUACGCCUGCCGCACCUCAGCGGAGCAUCACCAGUCUAGUCUAUUCCGAUGACAGUUCACCGUACCUCGUGAGCAGUGGCUCAUAUGAUGGAAUUCUGCGGAAGUGGGACCUGCGUAUGCCAACGGUGUCAAAGAAGAAAUCGACGAAGGCUUCCAAAGCCCCGCCUAAACCCGUGUGUUCAUCAGGAAUCGACCCGACCACCGUUCAAGGCACCCGUCGUGCUCGAGGUAUAACUAGCCUUGCUCCUGGACACGGGCCCACUGCAGGGCUUCUUUUCGCAUUAGGCAAUGACUCGCGCAUCCACACGUACUCGUUGCCGUCACUCGAACCGCUUUCCGGGUAUGCCACACCCCCAGCUACAGAGGAUCCCUGGGCGUACUCGCACGUAAACAUGCAGACCAACUCAUUCUACGUGCACCUGGCCCUCUCGCCAUGCGGGCGCUGGCUCGCAAACGGGAACGCGACGGAUGGCCGGAUAUACCUCUUCGAUGUGGGCAGCACCGCCUCGGUUGGCCGUGCCGUCGAAUUUGGAUACGACGCGCAGAACAUGCAGGCGGUCGAGCUGCGCGGACAGGCAGGUGAGACGGGCGCACUGGACUGGGCACACGACAUGCUCGCGACGUGCGCGGACGACACCACCGUACGGAUAUGGAGGCCGGACAUUGAUGUCUAUAACAGAUGCAUGGCCGACAGCGAGAGGAUGGGAUGGGAUUGGAGUUGGGCAACCAAGCCAUAG